AUGAAGGUCGAAAGCCUCCUUCGAUGGCCGGUAUUCGGUAUCCAAAACUACCCAUCACUCACAGCUAGUCUGGGCAGCAAAGACGCUGAAGCUCCAAGUCAAGCAGGGAACGGCAUGUUCGACCUUGACUCUGAUGUGAUUACUGGGCUAGUUGGAAACUUUCUAUCGAUAAACCACGUGAAGAACCCGAUAUUUGACAUCGACCUUCUGUGGAGCUAUGUCAGGGCCAUAGCCGAGACCGGUCUUCGAUGGGACGGGCCAUCGUGUCUUGUGCUCCUGAUAUGCGCCGUCAGCGUUAUAUCAGCUCCAAUAAAUUCUGAGAGCUGCCCCGGCCCGUCAAGAAACAAGGAGCGCCUGGAGAGAGCUGAGGCAUACUUCCAAAUGGCGCAGCGUCGAAUUGGGAUGCUGCACCAUGCUAACUCUCUCAUAUCAGCACAAUGUAGCUUCUUGACGGCUGUGUAUCUAAUGUCUACGCUUCGGAUUAUGGCAGCAUGGAAAGCCUUCUCUCAGGCUGGAACCCAAUGCGUAGGGUGGCUUGCUGCCAGAGGCCAUAUUCAAGACUCAAUGGAUGGUCACACCAGUGAAAUCAUUCUACACAAGACAACAUCCGGUGAUAUUGAGCAACAUAUGGAAGACAGCCUUUACUGGAGUUGUCUGAAGAGCGAGCUAGAGCUAAGAACUGAGCUAGGACUUCCCGGCUCCAGCCUCAAUGAGAUGAAAUAUACCCAUUUAUACCCAUCUCCGCCAAGCCCACGACAACUCAGUAGUGGGAAAAUGCGGCCUGAUUCAGAAGCUUUCCGCGAAAGAGAGAACCUAGAAACUGGAUGGUUCUUCUAUCUCGCAGAAAUUGCCCUUCGUCGCAUCAUGAACGAAGCUUUGUCUUCCCGUUACUGGACAGGCUCCUGGUAUUCUAGCCCCGGAUGGUGGGCGACUACAGGCGAGAGAGAAUUCCAACAAUAUGUAGAGAAGUAUGAAGUCAAACUGGAAACUUGGCAGAACAUGUUACCGCCUUCGAUGGCGUUCCCUCGUGAGGGUAGCGACAAGAUAGGGGAUACCCUCAAAGCAAUACUGCGCUCCCACCUGGUUGAUAUCCUCGACGUACUUUACUUUCCGGCAGUCCAAGCUGUAUGCUGCCAGCCCAUCCAGGAGCUUACCUCCUCCGUUAUUGGAAUUGCAAAAAAGGCCCUAGACAACGCCAACUAUCGCAUCACCAUCUCCGAGGAAGGGUAUUGGGUGCGGCAUCAAGGGACAUGGUUGAUGUUACGAACAUGCUCUCGGAGCGCGCUCCAGCUGCUAGCCGUAGCUUUUCGGGCGAGAUCAGAGUCUUCCUUGUCGCAAAUACUACCGCCCGAAUGGGAGCAUUCAGUUAUCAAGGUAAUUGGUGCUAUUGAGUACUGGGAGCCCGAGAGCCCCGAUCUCACUGUACUAUUGGAGUGCUUAAGAAACCUCACCUCGCAAUUAGGUAUAGAGGCAACAUCUUAG